UCCAUCCAGCCCACAGCCAACCUGGACCGGACCGAUGAUCUGGUAUACCUCAAUGUCAUGGAGCUAGUGCGGGCUGUGCUGGACCUCAAGAAUGAGAUCUGUCAGCUGCCUCCCGAGGGCUACGUGGUGGUGGUAAAGAACGUGGGCCUGACCCUGAGGAAGCUCAUUGGGAGUGUGGAUGAUCUCCUGCCCUCCUUGCCGUCGUCCUCCCGGACAGAGAUCGAAGGGACCCAGAAACUGCUCAACAAGGACCUAGCGGAGCUCAUCAAUAAGAUGCGCCUGGCCCAGCAAAAUGCCGUGACCUCCCUGAGUGAGGAGUGCAAGCGGCAGAUGCUCACAGCCUCCCACACCCUGGCGGUGGACGCCAAGAACCUGCUCGAUGCCGUAGACCAGGCCAAAGUUCUGGCCAAUCUGGCCCACCCACCUGCAGAGUGAUGGAGGGUGGGCGCCACCUGCCUGCGUCUUCUGCCCCUGCCUGUAGUGUUCCCUCCCCUGCCCCCCCCCCCACCGGCCCCUGCUUUGCCUUCGGUCAUGUGGGUCUUCUCAGGGGGAAGGCUGCGGGGAGUCCUUCUUCCCUUGCCACUUUGCACGACCCCCUCUCCCCACCCCAACCCCCGGACUGUGCUGCUCAGGCUGCAGCUGGACAGAGGGGACUCAGGGCUAUAGAUGCCAGGGGGUGACCAAGAGGGCUCAGAGGGAGCCCUGCUGCUGCUGGCCGCUCCCUCCUCACACCUGCCUGCCCCACG